AUUGACAUCUGGGCUCUUCAGAAGUACAGACUCGUCAAGCUCGCCAAGCUCGCCAAGCUCUCAGGUCGCUCUGGUUUCCAAGGCUGCCACUCCCACCUACCCCGUUGCCGAGCAAUUUCUGUCCCCGCCCCAUCAUGGGGAAACUGAACGUGUCGUUGCUCCGCUAUCUGGAACCCCACCACUUCCGCGUGUUAUGCGCUGUGGAAAUGGGCAUGAAGAACCACGAGAUCGUGCCUUUGAGUUUGGUGGCCUCCAUUGCCCAAGUCAAGUCCGGAGGCGUGACCCGAACCCUCCGAGAACUGUCCAAACAGCGAUUGCUGUCCUACGAACGCGGUCAGAAGUUCGAUGGGUAUCGAUUGACCAAUGCGGGCUACGAUUACUUGUCCUUGAAGAGUUUGACGGCCCGUGGAGCCAUAUCUUGUUUCGGCAAUCAAAUUGGUACGGGCAAGGAAUCGAAUAUCUAUGUGGUGGCCAAUCAAGACGACCAACCUUUGUGCUUGAAACUCCAUCGUCUAGGUCGGACUUGUUUCCGCAAAGUCCGAGAGAAACGCGAUUAUCACAAAAGCCGCAAACAAAUGAGUUGGAUUUAUCUGUCCCGGAUUUCGGCCACCAAAGAGUUUGCCUACAUGAAGGCUCUGUAUGAGCGCGGGUUUCCCGUACCCAAGCCUGUGGAUUUCAAUCGUCACAUCGUGGUCAUGGAGCUGAUCCAGGGACACCCGUUGCAGAAUAUCACGGAAGUGGGUGAUCCCGCCGAGUUGUACGACCGACUCAUGAAUCUCAUGUUGAAGUUUGCUAAUCAUGGCGUGAUCCACGGCGAUUUCAAUGAGUUCAAUAUCAUGAUCACGGACGAGGGCCAGCCUGUGAUCAUCGAUUUCCCGCAAAUGGUGUCCACCCAACAUCGCGAUGCCGAAUUCUUCUUCGACCGAGAUGUCACUUGUCUCCGAGACUUCUUCCGCCGACGGUUCAAUUAUGAAUCCGAGUUGUUCCCCCGAUUCAGUGAUGUGGUCCGGGAAGACAUUUUGGAUGCCGAAGUCUCGGCUUCUGGCAUGACCAAACAGAUGGAGCGAGAUAUCCUCAAAGAAUUGGGCAUGGCCAGUGAUGAUAAUGAUGAACACGAAGAUGAAGAAGGCGAGGAGGAGGAAGAGGAGGGCGCUAAUGAAAAGGAAAAAGUGGAAGACGUGGAGGAAAUGAGGAAAGAGUUCGAAUCCAAUGUGGUCUUGGGGAACGUGCCAUCUUCCUCCAUGGACCGAUUCCUCAACGAUGUUCAAGUGCAACCCCGCGAGUCCGAGGAUCUCUCCGACACGCCCCUAAUCCGACAAGUCACCGAUCCAGACCAGGCGGAAGAAGGUUUGGAUCGGCUCCACGAGUUGAACCGGAGUUUCAAGCCGUUCCGCGAUCCCCAACCCGACAAAUCCAUGGAUAAUCGCUCCGUGAUCACCAGCUCCUCCGUGGGCUCCACAAUUGCGCCUGAGGUUGUGAAGGAAAAGGUGCGGUUGGCUUUGAGUAAGAAGAAACGGGCGGAAGAGGUCAAGCGGAUGCGGGCCAAGGGUGAAGCCAAUGCGGUCACUCGGAAUCGACGCGAAAACAAGGACACCAUUUCAACCAGUAUGAGCGCAGUUUGGGGAGAUUUCUAGAUGGAAUACUGAAUAUAUAAAAGCAUAUAUGAAUUAUAUACCUACAUCACGGUGUUACUCACAA